GUGUAGUACAGGUUUUCCCGUCAGAGGAGAGCUCAAUCCACUCGUGAUCUUCGGUAUACUUCUUCUCUUUUACUACAUUCCAGUCAGCACACAUUUUUUCCACAGAAAUUUUCCAAUUGGUGUUAUCAUGAAUUUCUGACCUGCUGCCGAUACCGAGAAUAACCGGCGCUCAAGUGGAGCUUGUUGCCAUCGUUGACAUGUCGCCGGGACGAAAGAAGGUGGUCUGCGGACAGCGGAGGAGGUCAAUUGACGAGCUGUGCGUGCAACAGAGAGGCGAGCGGCCAUUUUGGAUGCGUGGAGGAAUGCGAGGAAAAGUUGGAGAGCAAGCCAGAGAUAUGACGGAAGAGCUAGGGUGCCAAGAGAAAUGCCAAGAGAAAAUGGUAUGCAAGACAUUUUCUCCGAGCUACUACGAGAGCUUUUCUCGACGACGAUCGCAAGACUGAAGACGACGCGACUCAACAUGUUGUACGAGAUGAUAGGAGUGGUCCGACCAGGCCGCCUCUCCGAAGUCAAAGAAAUCGUUAAAACUGCCGGUAAAAUCGUCCUAGAAAAGAACGGCGUCGUUCGCGGCAUCACCAACUGGGGGACUUUCCUGCUCCCCAAGCCAGCACGAAAGCUGCAAUCCGUACAUCACACCGGACACCACUUUAUCAUGCGCUUCGAUGCGAGCCCUAGAACACAGCAUGCACUAAGGAGGACAAUGAGUCUAGACCCAAGGAUGAUUCGGUACAGCAUUGUAAAGAUGGGGGUUAAGCUGGAGGAGAUUAAGGAUGUUGGGGGCCAUGCCGCGUUUCGGUGAACACAUGAUUAACGAGAGUGGUGGACAAUAUUGUAUGAUGAUGGGUGUACAUUAAACAGGGUUUGCAUUUUCUCUGGAGUUAAGGUAAUUUGGAGGCUGAGAUUCUUGCCUUUCAAGAAUGCGAACCGCGGUCGCAAACGAAACUUGGAUAUAUCUCAUGCCCAUCGGCCGGCCGUAGUCUAUCUUUCGGUUAGAAUUGAUUUCUUCCACCAUAA